AGGGGUUCUAUUCUAAACCGAUGGACAAUACCUACAGACAAAUCACGACGUCAUACACGACAUUCAGUCUGCGUUAUAUAUAUUUUUUUUAUAUCCAAAUGUAAUCAGCAUUAAAACCUCGUUACCGCCAAUUGUGAAUAAGGAGUCGCACAAUGUGCUCAUGUGUAUCAGUAAUCGAAUGAAAUUGUCGUAAGUACCGAGCCAUUAAAUCUACAGAUAUAAAUAGAAUUGGGGAGGGCUUAUCGUCGUGGUGGCUAUCUCCUCUCAAUGCCCGUGCCCACUGUCUCUGUGUGUACGUAUCUGCCUGAGGUGUAUGAGAUCACGAUUCAGGCAUUAUGACGGAUUCACUGCGACACUCAAAGUCGGAUCCUUUGGUUUACUGCAAAUGCUUGAGAAAGGACGCGCCCUAGAUAUGUAUGGGCCGUCGCUGGCGACGUUUUGUGAAGUGAAAAGUGGAUAAUCCCAUUAAAUAUUAGAACUUAAACAUUAUACUGUUGAUUAUUAUAAAAUAAGGUGUGUUGAUUCUGUGCCAGCGAUAGUUGAUAUUUUUUUUUUAUCAUCCAAGUGUCAAAUCUCACCGUCAAUCAUGAAGAAACAAUUCUUCAGAGUCAAACAACUAGCUGACCAGACAUUCUCCAGGGCUGGCAAGACAGAAGUGCUUACUGACGACCUGCAGGCAGCAGACAAGCACGUUGAGCUGAUAAGGAAUGCGCUGACUGGACUCAGCAAACGUCUGGGUACACCGCCCAGUGCCGCCCUAGCCCAAGACACAUCGCUCAAGGAAAAACGCUUGAAAAAAUGUCCGGAAUAUGUUCUCGGACAAACAAUGAUGGAUUGUGCAACCGACGAUGGCUUGAUGAGUUACACAUUAGCCGUUUGUGGCCGUGCUCAAGUGUUGCUGGCCUCCGAAACAGUCGAUCAUGAGGCCAAAGUCGAGCAAUACGUCGCUGCACCUCUCCAACAGAUUUUGGAGACUGACGUCCCCAAUAUCAUAAAACACAAGAGGAAUUUAGCACGUUUAAUACUAGACAUGGACAGCGCAAGAACGCGGUAUCACCAAGCGAGUAAACACAGUGCUGGAGGCACAGCGGCGACUAAGAUUGAUAAUUUGAGGGAAGAACUGGAGGAGGCUGAGACAAAAGUUGAACAGUGUCGUGAUCAAUUGGCUGCUGAGAUGUUUCAGCUCAUGUCGAGGGAGACUGAGCUUGCUCAAAGAAUAAUUCAGUACGUCAAGCUUCAGCGAGCUUAUCACGAAAGUGCCUUAUUCUGUCUCGAGGAUCUCAUUCCGGGAUUAGAAAGCUACAUCAAUGACAAUGAGAUGAAGCCAGUGUAUGGCCACCCUUUGGAGGAGCAUCUUCGAGUGACAAAUCGUAAAAUAGCACUUCCAAUUCAACUUUGUGUAUCAGCACUUCUGAAGCUUGGAAUGGAAGAGGAGGGCCUAUUUAGAAUAGCCGGUGGUGCGUCUAAAUUACGAAGAAUUAAGCUCAGUUUAGACGCAUGCUGUCUCACGUUACCAACAGCAUUGGAGUACAAAGAUCCUCAUGUUAUUGCUGGAGCACUUAAGUCAUAUCUACGCGAAUUACCUGAGCCCCUUCUUACCUACAAAUUAUAUCCAGAGUGGAUGGCAGCUGCUAAAAUAGUGCAGAGUGAUAUCAGGUUGAGAGCACUGUGGGAAGUCCUCCAUAAAUUACCACCUGCUAAUCUGGAGAAUUUGAGGUUUUUAAUUAAAUUUUUGGCGGUGCUGACGAAGAACAGUGACGUUAAUAAAAUGUCACCUCAGAAUAUCGCCAUUGUCAUUGCACCCAAUUUAAUAUGGAGCCCUCAAGAAGAUGUUAAUACUAUGGUAAUGAAUAUGAGUACCGCAAACAACUCUAGUCUAAUAGUCGACCAAUUAAUAACGUAUGCGGACUGGUUCUUCCCCGGGGAGAUAGACUUUGAUCGUGAUUUGGACGUCGGCAUUGUGAAUGGCAAUGAGCCUCAAGUAAUUGGUAUGCGAAGAUGCAUAUCGAACAGCAGUCUCAGUGACCAUGGUGAAAGUCCACCCCAGGGUAGUCCAAAGCCAGCAACAAGGCGAAAAAAUAAGCCAGCACCAACGCCCCCAAAUGCAACUCCAGAUAAAACCGAAAAGAGAAUGGAUGAUAAACCUCCCCCGGCCCCUGACAAGCCCCCAAGGCCUUUAACAACAGCGACAUUGAAUCGUCACACCUACAAGGCUCAGAAACAUGAAGUGAAUACUGAACUUACGACUCAUCAUCACGAGCCAAAACCCGAGAGAACUGACAAGAAUGAAAAAAUCGAGAAGCUGGAGAAGACCGCAGAGAUGGAGGGAAAAUCUCUGAUUUGUGAGACUACAAAUCAUGACACUCAUCCCCACGAGAACAAUGAGAAGAUUGAGACGCCAAAGUUGGACAAUAACGUCGAAAUAAAACGUAAAAACUCUGAUUCAUCAGAUACGAAACGCAAAAAUUCGGACUCACUGGCCCCUAUUGGAUUCGAAGGCAUCAACAUGCGAAGCACUUCCAAUGCAGCGCAGUUCCGAAUUUCUGACCCUGAAAAUAACGAUAUGCAUAAAUCAAAGCCAGUACCAGCGGAAAAACCAUCGCCCUCGACUUUAGAAAGGAAGAGGGUUCCCGUGGCCGCGCCGAGGACCACCUUGGUGAAUGCAGCCCAUCAAAAUUGCAGCACGCCAGAUGACACAGUGGAAUUACGAAAAAAAAGUGAUCCUGCCCCGGUGGACAGGAACAGCAAGCCGGCGAUUCCAGAACGACCCGCAGGACUUGCUAGGCCCUCCAGUCUCAUCAGGCCUCACAUACGCCAGAGCAAUGAAAAUUUGGACGUUGACGUUGGACCAUUAACACUGGAGAGAGCACACGUGUACUCAGUGGAUAAACAACAGAGAAGUCCAAGUGUUGGGAGUCGGCCAACCUCAAUGUCCCUGAGUGGCGAGCGUCCGGAGAAGCCACCCAGGCCCGAUAUGCCCGAGCAAAACAAAUCUCAUGCCAGAACUAGGUCAGAGGGUAACAUCAUCGAUGUUCAGACACAGACGCAGACGGUCAUUGUUCCCAAAUCACCUGGGCAAAUUCAAACUGGUGAAAAGUCACCGAGGUUUCAUCAACGACCACCACGGCCUCAGCCACCACCACCACCGCCUCCGACAAAUCGACCUAAAUCCGAUCACGAAAGUACUAAUUUAUAGAGUAGAUAGGUAGAGUUUGGAAACCAUAUCGAUUUUUUUUUCAAUUUGGAUUUUAAUUGAAAGGGUUAAGUGAUGUUAGACAUUUAAUGAAGAGGAAAUUUCUUGGAAAGUUAGGGGAUUAUUUGAAGGAUUUCCAGAAGCGAAUUGAGAGAAGAUUACAUUAAAAUUCAUGUGAAAUACACUUGUAAAUAAUUGAAAAAGAGAAAAAUAUCAAAAGACAUUUGCUUUUGUUAAUGCAUUUUAGUAGAAUUAAACUUUCAAAUAAUCCAGGGAGGCUGUAACAUUUACAAGAAAUUUAUCUCUACAUUAUUCCGUAUGGCUUCCUCAGUGAAUCAGGAAUUUUAAGUCAUUGACGUCCGAAAAUCGUCGUUGAGACAUUUUUACCUCUGAAAUAGCGAUUUUUUAUACAUAUUUUCAGAAGCAGAAGUUUGAGAAACUCAUUCAAUGCUUUUCAGAUGAGAAAAUCACUUCAAAGUGCUCCUAAUCUCAAGAAUAUAACAAGCAGUAUGGACUUCAGCGCACAAAUCUCGAGUUGCCUCGAGUUUUUUUUUAUUCGACCGAGUAGAAAAAUUGCGCUUUUUUCGACGUCGUUAUUUUAAUUUUCACGAUUUAUUGCUCGACUGUGAUUGAAAGAAAGACAAUAGAUCGAAUGACAUUCAUCAUAAUUUUGUUUUCUCUCAUAAUGACAGAGAGUAGAAUCAGCUAGUUAUAUUGAUUCAGAAAAAUUAAGUUUAUGGAAUACUCUUUCUCUUCACUUAUUGAUUAUAUUUCGUUGGCAUUGCUUAGAUCUUUUUUACCCUCUUCGUAUUUUAAAAAUCAUUAUCGUGAUUAUCGUGAUUAUUGGAUUUUCUUUUUUUGGAUAAUUCACCUCGGCGAAUUGAUUCAGAUGUUAGUAAUGAUAAUAGGGCAAAAUGGAAAAAAUGUUUUUAAAAUUAAAAGUUAUGAGUUUAUUGAAGAUUUAUGGAACAUAAGAUGAAAACGGCAAUCGGUUAAUUCAAAAUCGUCCGUAGACGUGAAAAAAUUUUCAUCGGAGCACGCAUUUACCUAAGGAGACCUUAGGCUGUGAGUAUAUUGGAGUAUUAAAGGAUUUAUUUGUUUAUAAAUGAAAUAAAAAAAAAACAAAAAUAAGAAA